AUGUCACCGUUGCAAAAAUUAAUCUGCCGCUCUUGCCUGUGGGAUCCGUCAUUGGAAAUAAGUGCGGAGGGUUGCAAACCACCAGUUUGUUUGCCUUGUAGAUUGGAUUCGUUGGCCGGUGUUGACGAGGAGACAGAAGCCGACAUGCAAAAGUUUCUGAGAGAUCAAAAUGUCCAACUUCCGGCAGCUGCAAACUAUGAAGACGUAUUGUCAACAUGGCAUCGUCACCCAUUUUUUAAGGCAAUCAGUAGUGUCAAAUAUCCCUUGUUGCCAGCUUCGGCGCUCCACUAUUCACAACUAUUUGCACAUGAUGGUAAGAUCAGACCAAUUGUCGAUGACAUGGACAAAAGGGGACCGAUCGAAAGAAUAAUUCGCGAUAUGUCAGUUCCUGCGGAGGAUGUUACGAACUUUGUUUGUCUCCUUUCGUUGUUGACGCAUUUCAAGGAGUUCAAGUAUGGUCGAACUGCCUGUAGAUGGAAAGACUAUGAGAAGAUGUACAGGACCUUGCAAAAGCCCCUUCAAAAAGUCCUGCUGGGAAAUUUGUCACUUGAGCUUGGAACUCAAGACGAGUGGCCAAUGUAUGCUACUUUUGAGGAAGAUGCAAGAUUUUGUGACAGAAAGUGGGAUAACCACUUUGAUCCAAUCACUGGUGAGAGAGUUGUAAUGCGACCGGUAUUCCUUUGCCAUGCCCAUCGAAGGCAGAACUCCAACGAGCACUUUUCAGUGACUACUAUAGUACGACUUGCGCCAAGGCAGGCGUCAGCAAUCAACUUUGCGGGUGGAUACGAGAAAUGCCUCUCAUGA